AUGUACCAAAUGCAAAGUAUUUUGACAGCAUGUUUUGCUCCAGACACUAAACACGCAGACGACUGGUUCAAAAACCAAAGCACACAAGAACUUUUGAGUGAAGCACAGCGAGACCGACUUUUUUCUGAAAACAGUGAAGAACAGCGAGACCGACUUCCUUCGGGGUCGCCUAAAACUCAUGAAAACAGUGAAAUUUCUCUAGACCGACUUUUAUCGGCCUUGCAUAAAACACAUGAAAAUCGUAAAAAUUUGCCAAUAAAUUUAAGAGGUUGGUAUGUACAUAGACUUCUUGUAAAUGCAGUUGCAAUGUGGGCUUCUCCUCGUUAUGCAUGGCAUGUUUACAUGAUGUUAGAUGAACUAUAA